AUGAGCGACAACCAGCAACGGCUCCAAGUCGUCAUUGUCGGCGCCGGCAUCGCAGGACUCACGGCGGCCAUUGCGCUGAGCAACCACCCCGGCAUCGACGUCCAGAUUUACGACAAGGCGAGAGAACUCCGAGAGGUCGGGGCGUCGAUUGCGCUAGGGCCGAACGGUCUGCGGACGUUGGAAAAGCUGGGCAUUCACAAUGCACUCGACGAUGACAUUGCGUUUCGCAACAAGUCGGGGUACCCCAUGAUUUACCGCCACUACAAGACUGGCGAGAUCGUCUCGGUCGACGAGCACCGCGGCGAAAUCGAAGCCCGCCACAAGACGGCACGUUUCUACCGUCCGCAUCUGCAGCAGGCUCUGCUCAAGCACAUCGACCCUGCCAGGAUACACCUCAACAAGGCCUUCAAGACCAUUAGCAAUGACGAGUCGACAGGGAGGCUGGCCAUCAGCUUCACAGACGGCACGGCGGUCGCGGCAGACAUCCUCCUCGGCGCGGACGGUAUCCACUCGGGGGUGCGAAGCUUCUACGUGCCGUCAUCUCGGUCAAAGUGGACGGGGUGGACGGCGUUCCGCGCGGUGUACCCCAUUUCGCACCUCUCGCACAUCCCCGAUGUCCCAGACGAAGCAGAGCACUGGUGGGGGAUCGACCGGACCUGGUUCAUGUCGAAGCUGGGCAGGGAUCUCUUCUGCAUCGUCGCGUCCCACCAGAGCGACCCUGACGCGCCGGAUGCGUUGUACAAGGAGACGGUCUGGAACACGGACAGCGAUGUCAACCUGCUCAAGGAGCACUACAAGGACUGGCACCGGCUGGUGCGGGAGAUCAUCGAGGCGACGCCGGCGGACUCGUUAAAGGUGUACCCCAACGCAUCGGCACACGGGCUGGACAGCUGGGUUCUGGGGGCGGACAGGGUGACGUUUGCCGGCGACGCGGCGCACGCACACGGCGGAGCGUUCGCGGCGGGCGGCAGCCUGGCCAUCGACGACGCGUGGGCGUUUGCGGCGUCCAUCCAGCACGUCUUCCCGCCCUCGGCGACCGAGGUGCCGACGGCGGCCGACAUCAGCAGGGCGUUGCGGCUGUACGAGCAGACCAGGAAAGCACACACGGACCGAGUGCUGGAUACGGUGCACUCGACGAACACGAAGAAGGUCGAGAGGCUGGCCGUGGCGGAGACGGACGAAGGGCUGCGGGCGCGGAUGGUGAACCGGGUCGAGCCGGUCUGGAUCCACGAGCAUGAUGUUGAGGCGGUGUUCAAGCAGGUGCUGGCGGAUGAGGCGAGGACGAGGGGAUCUGCGGUGCAGGUAGAGAGCCGGCUUUGA